CGAUACCCACGUUGAACCCUUGGAGGUCUCGACCGCCCUCAUGUACACCUCGCAGCUCGUGCUACUGCAGGUGUUCUUCCUGAUGGUCCCUGAGGGCGGCCGGUCUCAGCCCUCUUCCUCCCCGUCAGAGGCAGUGCCCACGCCUCCAGAGCUGGGGCCAAGGACGCAGGGCGGGACCCUUCAGUCCUCUUCGGAAGGGACUGAAACUCCCUGGACCCUGCCUGGGAUCUCCACGGUGGGCCCCACUGUCGUGACCCCCUCGGCGCCUGGGAAUAGGACCGUAGACCUCUUCCCAGUCUUACCGAUCUGCAUCUGUGACUUGACUCCUGGUGCCUGCGAUAUAAAUUGCUGCUGCGACAGGGACUGCUAUCUUCUACAUCCGAGGACAGUGUUCUCCUUCUGCCUUCCAGGCAGCGUGAGGUCUUCAAGCUGGGUGUGUGUGGACAACUCUCUUAUCUUCAGGAGUAAUUCUCCGUUUCCUUCAAGAGUUUUCAUGGAUUCAAAUGGAAUUAGGCAGUUUUGUGUCCAUGUGAACAACUCAAAACUAAACUAUUUCCAGAAGUUCCAAAAGGUCAAUGCAACCAACUUCCAGGCCCUGGCUACAGAGUUUGGAGGCGAAUCAUUCACUUCAACAUUCCAAAACCAGUCGCCAGCACCUUUUUACAGGGCUGGGGACCCCAUUCUGACUUACUUCCCCAAGUGGUCUGUCAUAAGCUUACUGAGGCAGCCUGCAGGAGUUGGAGCUGGGGGCCUCUGUGCUGAGAGCAAUCCUGCAGCUUUCCUAGAGAGUAAAAGCACAACCUGUGCUCGUUUCUUCAAGAACCUGGCAGAUAGCUGUACCUUGGAUCCAUCCCUCAAUGCUGCCUCCUACUAUAACUUCACAGUCUUGAAGGUUCCAAGAGGUAUGACUGAUCUGCAGAAUAUGAAGUUCCAGGUUCCUGUAACACUUGUCUCACAGGCUGGCUCUCCUCUGUUGGCUGGAAACACUUGUCAGAAUGUUGUUUCCCAGGUCAUCUAUGAGAUGGAGACCAACGGGACUUUUGGAAUCCAGAAAGUCUCUGUCAGUUUUGGACAAACCAACCUGACUGUCGAGCCAGGCACUUCCUUACAGCAACACUUCAUCAUUCGCUUCAGGGCGUUUCAACAGAGCACAGCUGCUUCUCUGACUAGGCCUAGAAGUGGGAAUCCUGGCUAUAUUGUUGGGAAGCCACUCUUGGCUCUAACAGGUGAUAUAAGUCACUCAAUGAGCCUCUUGCAGAGCCAGGGUGAUGGAACUUGCUCUGUUAAGAGACAAGAAGUACAGUUUGGAGUGAAUGCAAUAUCUGGAUGCAAGCUCAGGCUAAAAAAAGUGGACUGCAGCCACACACAGCAGGAGAUUUAUCAGACUCUUCACGGAAGACCCAGACCAGAGCACGUUGCCAUCUUUGGUAAUGCUGACCCAGCCCAGAAAGGAGGGUGGACCAAGAUCCUCAGCAGGAACUGCAGUGUUUCAGCUAUGCAUUGUACUUCCUGCUGUGUCAUACCAGUUUCCCUGGAGAUCCAGGUAUUGUGGGCAUAUAUAGGCCUCCAGUCCAACCCUCAAGCUCAUGUGUCAGGAGCCCGAUUCCUAUACCAGUGCCAGUCCAUACAGGAUUCCCAACAAGUAACAGAAGUAUCUUUGACAACUGUUGUCACCUUUGUGGACAUUACCCAGAAGCCAGAGCCUCCAAGGGGCCAACCCAGAAUGGACUGGAAAUUGCCGUUUGACUUCUUCUUUCCCUUCAAAGUGGCAUUCAGCAGAGGAGUCUACUCUGGAAAAGGCUCAGUCUCUCCCAUCCUUAUCCUGUGUCUCUUACUACUUGGAGUUCUCAACCUAGAGACUGAGUGAAAAAAAGAAAAGAAUCAGAUUUCGAUUUUCCCUAUGGGAAGUUCUGAGGCAGCCUACUUAUCUUGGUUAGAUAGGUCCUUACCUGCUCAUGACCAGAGCAGAGCACUUAGGAUAAUGGAGGACCUAACUGAAGGAAUCUUUGUAUAUGAAAGAAGGAAUUUUAGAAAAGCAACAAAAAUAUCUUACUCAUCAAACCUCCCUGCUUAGGACUCUACAGACCCCCGGGUACACGAGGUUCGCUACUUCUCAAGCAGGGAAGAACAUGAGGAGCCCUUCAGGUUGUGUUAUGCCUGACUAAAGGUUUGCAAAACCUCAUCCAUCUGCUCACUGGCACACUUGGGCCCAGCAUCAAAAGGAACAUACUCCUGCUGUCCCCCGGGUGAACUCGGGAAUAGCUGCCCUCUGGACUUGAGAGGAGCUGACUGUUCAGAACAGAAAACGGCUGCCUAUAUGUUUUGUCUGGCUCCUCCCCGCUCCCUUGGGCCACACUCUACCAAGGCAUGUUGGGGAAAGCAAUUCCUACUCAGUUUCCAAAAUGAAUGUGCAAUCCCAGCCCCCUUUUCUACUAGCAUAUGACCCUACCACUCAUUUCUGCUCUUUCCUUCCCUCCAUUGUGGUGAGGAGAAAUAAAACUGAUUGAGUGCUUCGUUGUACUAAUUCCAGCAGCACACAGAAGUUAACUGACAUGUCGUCUGCCUCAUGAUUAGUUUUCUAUGUGUGUAAGGUUAAAAA